CGAGCGUGUAGAUAGUUUGGCAGUGGUUGAACUGCCACCAGAAAAAAGUUACUGUAUGUCUUAUCGAUAACAUUGAAACGGGGCAUAUUGGCUUAUCAGAACCGCGCGCCAGUGUCACUACCCUGUACCAUUUCCGCGUUUUCAGCUUCGCCUCCUACUCUAGUUUUAGUUCAAAAUUAAUAUUACCCUUCUUGUCUAGCAUCAUCUGACAUAGAGACGUUCGAUUUUACCGCCUUGCUACUUCCUUUUUCAGCCCUCAAGUGGCUUAGUUGUAUCAUCGCGGCUAAUACUCCGCUAUUCGGUCCGCGUUCAGCGUGGGGCACUGUCCUUCAAUGUCAAGCUUAAAGUCAUCAGUCUUCCCCUCACCAGCAACAACCCAGCCAACCUCUGGUAAACAUCCACUUGUAGGGAAUUCAAGAUAUUCAUCAUGUCUGUUGAAGUUAUUACUACAAUCUCCCCCACCACCAACGAGCCCGUCCUCACAAGGAAUGGAGCUUCCGCAGCUGACUUAGAGCUCCUCCCCAAGGUCGCCACAGAGGCGUUCCAGAAGUUCCGCAAGACCACACUUAAGGAGCGUCAGGAAAUCGUCAAGAAGUUCCUCAAGAGUCUUCUUGACCAUGAAGCUGAGCUUGCGGAAGAGCUCACAACACAGAUGGGACGACCCAUCGCCUACACUGGCAAGGAAAUCCAGACUGCAGUCAAGCGAGGAGAGUAUCUGCUAAAGAUCAGUGAUGAGGUGCUCAAGGAUACCGACGGCGAACCUGAACAAGGGUUCAAGCGAUUCAUCCGCAAGGCUCCCGUUGGUCCUGUGCUCAUCAUUUUUGCUUGGAAUUACCCAUACCUUAUCCUCGUCAACUCUCUGAUCCCCGCUAUCCUUGCCGGAAACACGGUGAUCUUGAAACCAUCGCCUCAGACCCCAACGAUUGUGGAGCAUGUUGCCAAAUUGUUCACAGAGGCUGGACUCCCCGAUGGCGUUGUCCAGUAUUUCCACUGCGGCUCGCCUACCACCAUGGAGACCAUCGUGCGUGACCCCAAGAUUGCCCUGGUGUGCUUUACAGGCUCCGUCGCUGGAGGUCUUGCCGUGCAAAAGGCCGCUGCUGAUCGCAUCGUAAAUGUCGGUCUUGAGUUGGGUGGAAAGGACCCCGCCUACAUCCGCGAUGACGUUGAUAUUGCGUGGGCUGCUGAAGAAAUUGUGGACGGAGCCAUUUUCAACUCUGGCCAGAGCUGCUGCUCUCUAGAGAGAAUCUACGUUGAUGCCAAGGUUCACGACGCGUUUGUCGAGGCGGUGCAGAACGUGCUCAAGGGCUACAAGCUUGGCGAUCCUUCUGAUAAGAACACACACAUCGGACCAGUGAUCUCGAAGCGUUCCAAGGAAGCGAUUGAGGCGCACAUCGCGGACGCGGUGGCCAAGGGUGCCAAGGAUGCGACACCUGAGAAUGAGACAUUCGCUAACCCCCCAAGCAAGGGCAACUUUGUGAAACCAACGCUGCUGACCGGCGUCGACCACACCAUGACGGUUAUGACGGAAGAGACAUUUGGCCCCGUUAUUCCAGUGAUGAAGGUGUCGAGCGAUGCCGAGGCCAUCCAGCUGAUGAACGAUAGUGAAUUUGGCCUGACUGCUAGCAUCUGGACCAAGGAUACGGCAAAGGGCUACGAAUUGGCCGAGGACGUGGAAGCAGGCACCGUUUUUGUCAACCGCUGUGACUUCCCCAGCCCGGACCUUGCAUGGACGGGAUGGAAGAAUUCCGGACGUGGCCAGACACUUGGUCGAUUCGGCUUCGAGGCCUUUGUCAAGUCAAAGAGCUUCCACUUGAAGGACUACCCAAAAUAGACUAGAACCAACCCAAAGGAGAGACACUUGGUUUUACAACGAUCAAAUCGCGUUCUUUAGGGCUCGGUUAGCUCUGUCUCUGUGUGUUUUUUUCAUGGCCUAUUUUUUUAAUGUUUGCAACGCUAUAGAUGAAUCAAAAGUAUUGAAGAAGCUGACUGGCGCGUUUUUCUCGUAUCGAAGGGAGACAGAAGAUGUACGGGUUUGACACACGAGGCAGAAGCGAGAAAGCUAUGACGUAACUUUACACCUGGCCAGAAGAGCACCGGUGUAGAAGUAAGCUGAAAAAAAAAGUAAUUGCCGAUGGCAGCAGAUUGCUCAUUUGAAUUUGGAAUCGCCGAACGACAACGUACGAACGGAGGCGGCGGCUUGGUCUGGAUUUUGCCCUGGCUGAGCAAAAGAAGCAAACAUUCAACCCAGGAACGCGGUCCAGAGCGAUUAGCGAGACUGGCUAGCUGGUAAUGUGGCUUAGCGCGCCAUUCAACAAUUGAAAAAGCCUACGAGGGCGGGUGUUAAAUUUGUGCUACUGUGUAAAGACGAUGGGUGGUGUGCUAGCUGGGAUGAGAUAUGAGGCGUCGAGGCCCGAUCUUGUUCGGAAGACGCAGGGACCAGCGUAUUGGGACGGUGAGGGUAGGACAAGGCAAAAGGGAAUGCAUCACAGGGCGCAAAUUAACCAGCAGGGCAGAUGCGGCCGCAGAGAAGCAGCCGAGGAGACCGGCGGAGUGUGCUGUUCUUGUUUACCACAUGGUGAGAGCGUCGGUGAAGCCCGGGCCGCAGACUGCGCGUGUAAGAGAGGAGCUUGCUUUGCUUAAACGUAAGAGAGAGUAUUACAUAGCCAGCGCACAAGUCUAUGCGGCUAGGGUUAAAGCAACGGCAUAAUAGUGGCGGCGGUACGCAUUGACGCUCUCGGAGGCAGGGCCCUGAUCGGCAUAGCCUUUCAUUUCUGAUCUGCGGCACUUGUUUUGCCCGCGUGGAAUAUGCUCUGCCCAGUAAGAGCAUGGGAAAAAAAGAACCAUGUCCAGGCGAGAUGAUACAUGUUGGGUAAUGGAGAGUCACAUCGCAACCCACCAGACUCGCCAGGUGUCUUUUGAUGGUGCUAUCGUGGCGUCAAACUGUUGCACAGCCAGGCUGAAAAAGGAAAUGAAGAAACUUUUGCUAGAAAAAAAGAAAUUAAAAUAAAUCAAGGCAAUAUCCAAUGCGGAAUAUUCAACGAGGAGGGUAUAAAAAUUAACGGACUAGAGAAGCUGAGAACCAGGCAAUGUCUCGGGGUUCAAGGGCUACUACGCGAGUGGUAGUUCUUCUCCCUUUUGCUCUUCAAGCGGCUAGGCUGACGUAGACGUGUCUAGCGUGUAAAUGGAAAAACAAAAAUAAAAUAAAAUAGAACAGAAAGGGAGAUGGCUUGUGAAUGCAAUAGAGUGUGAUUGCUACAAAUCAUGCGUGUAUUUCUCUUUAGUACCGGGGCUAAUUUGCGAGUGACAGGUUCAAGUUGGCUGAUGGGCUGUGACAGCUCACCAAUGGGCUGAUAACGCCAGGUACAGUACAGUGCUGCAUGGUAACGCUGCUGUAAAUUUACAGGUGCAGUGCAGAGCCUCCGAGCAGAGCCCUAGCCGCUAUAGCAUGUGCUUGGCAACAGCCAAUCUGCGCUCUUGGCUUGUGACGAAGCCACGGCAGGUAUUCCUCCAUUUAUUCCUUUUUAAUAUUAAUUCUAUUUUUUUCUCGCAUCAUCGUCACUGGCUAGUUUCAUAUCGUGCAUCUUGCUCCCUCGGCUCUUCCGAUUCGCCUACCCGCGUCCGUGAGCAGCAGUCAUCAUCACGAAACACCAGACGAUGGUGCGACAAAGGUUGCCUUGCUGCACAAGCCCACGGACCUCGUCUGUCCUCCGCCUCUUUUUUUCCUUCUCUUUUUUCCCUGUAUACGGGGCUCAAACAAACAUGAAGGAAUACCCUCGUUUUUCUUCAGCACAUAUGCAGGCAGACAAACGAAAAGGAGAGCUUCCUUCGCCUCGUCCAUUCACUGAGACACCAUUCCCCAAAAAGCCCGUUCAGGCGCAGCAUUGCCUGCAAGGGCGGGUAAGCUGGCAUUCCAUUCCAAUCGCCUCUUAAACCUUGUGCAUCACUUCCAAUAUAAGGAAAUACAUUUAAAUAAAAAGAAAAAGAAAAAAAGAUCGAUCAGGCUAGUCCACAUUCAGUGAAAUCCCCCCUUCACUCUGCCCGCCCAGCCACCCCCAUCUUGCACCACCGCUACCACCAACCUACCGCUACGGUACCUCCCCCCUGCUACUACUGCUCUAAUCGGCCGCUAUAGAUGCCCUGUGGCCCGCGCUGAGACAACGCACCGCCGCGACCCAAGACCUCGGGCGCCUUCAGCCGGAUUAAAAUAAAACAAAUGAAAAUAAAAAAUCCAUUAAAUCUAUGCGUACCGUGACAUUGUGCUGCACUCACCUUUUUUCCUUUCCCGCGUUGGGAAUGGAGGCUCGUGUCUGACACCCGGCCUCCAAGCUGGCUUCUUUUAUAUAUUCACCUGCCUCACCUCUCCUCCUCUGCCCAUGCUUCCGUUUCCUCCUCAUCGCUACGUUCUUUGUUCCCAGC